CCCCCCCGAGCAGCCCCAAACCAGGAAGCGCUGGGGGGUACUGGAGCGGAGUAGAGAACGAAGCCAGGAUGGUGGGCCCUUCGCUGACGCUUCAGGACCUCAUCGAGGAGAUUCGCGGGGCCAAGACACAGGCCCAGGAGCGGGAAGUGAUCCAGAAGGAGUGCGCCCACAUUCGGGCGUCCUUCCGCGAUGGAGACCCUCUGCAGAGGCACCGCCAGCUGGCCAAACUGCUCUACGUCCACAUGUUAGGCUACCCCGCCCACUUUGGACAGAUGGAGUGCCUGAAACUGAUCGCCUCCCCCAGAUUCACAGACAAGAGGGUGGGCUACCUGGGGGCCAUGCUUCUAUUGGAUGAGAGGCACGAUGCUCACCUGCUCAUUACCAACAGCAUCAAGAAUGACCUAAGCCAAGGGAUUCAGCCAAUCCAAGGCCUGGCCCUGUGUACUCUGUGCACUAUGGGCUCUGUUGAAAUGUGCCGGGAUCUGGCCACGGAGGUGGAGAAGCUGUUCCUACAACCCAGCCCUUAUGUGCGCAAGAAGGCUAUUCUGACUGCAGUGCACAUGAUCCGGAAGGUCCCAGAACUUUCCAACAUCUUCCUGCCACCUUGUGCCAAACUGCUUCAUGAGCGCCACCACGGCGUCCUGUUGGGUACCAUCACGCUGAUCAUGGAGCUCUGCGAACGAAGCCCUGAAGCCCUCAGGCACUUUCGAAAGGUGGUACCCCAGCUGGUACAGAUCCUCCGGACUCUGGUAACAACAGGAUACUCAACAGAACACAGCAUAUCUGGUGUCAGCGACCCCUUCCUGCAGGUCCAGAUACUUCGUCUACUUCGGAUCCUGGGCCGGAACCACGAGGAAAGCAGUGAGACCAUGAAUGAUUUGUUGGCCCAGGUGGCCACCAACACAGACACUAGCCGAAAUGCGGGCAGUGCAGUCCUGUUUGAGACAGUACUCACAAUCAUGGACAUCCGCUCUGCAGCUGGCCUACGGGUUCUAGCUGUCAACAUUCUUGGCCGCUUCCUGCUCAACAGUGAUAAGAACAUUAGGUAUGUUGCUCUGACAUCAUUGCUGCGGCUGGUGCAGUCAGAUCACAGCGCUGUACAGCGGCAUCGGCCCGUGGUGGUAGAAUGUCUGCAAGAAACUGAUGCCUCCCUCAGCCGGCGGGCCCUGGAGCUGAGCUUGGCACUGGUGAAUAGCUCCAAUGUGAGAGCCAUGAUGCAGGAACUGCAGGCCUUUCUGGAAUCCUGUCCCCCUGACCUACGGGCUGAUUGUGCCUCAGGUAUCCUGUUGGCUGCAGAGAGAUUUGCUCCAACCAAGCGGUGGCACAUAGACACCAUCCUGCAUGUGCUGACAAAGGCAGGCACCCAUGUACGGGAUGAUGCAGUAGCCAACCUGACCCAGCUGAUUGGGGGGGCCCAGGAGCUACAUGCCUAUUCUGUGCGCCGCCUAUACAGUGCUCUGGCAGAAGAUAUCUCCCAGCAACCACUGGUACAGGUGGCAGCCUGGUGCAUCGGGGAAUAUGGGGACCUUCUGGUGGAGGGAAACUGUGAGGACACUGAGCCGCUUCAGGUAGAAGAGGAGGACAUUUUGGCACUACUGGAAACAGUGUUGCAGUCCCACAUGUCGCUGCCAGCCACCCGAGGGUAUGCCCUCACAGCGCUCAUGAAGCUCAGCACCAGGCUCCAGGGAGACAACAACCGCAUCCGCAAGGUGGUGUCUAUCUACGGGAGCUGCCUAGAUGUGGAGCUGCAGCAACGGGCUGUGGAGUAUAACACACUCUUCCAAAAGUAUGACCACAUGAGGGCAGCGAUCCUUGAAAAGAUGCCUCUCAUGGAGCGAGGUGGCGCUCAGGUUGAAGAGGAAGCAAAGGAAAGGCAAACAGCAGCCCAGCUUCUAGAGGAGGCAGCCCCUGCCCCUCCGGAGCCCCAGGCCUCCAAGCUUUUGGAUCUCCUAGAUCUCCUGGAUGGCACUCCUGGGAACACACAGCAUCCUCCUCUUCUGGAUCCUUCCCCAGAGGGUGCCUUAGUAAACCUCCUUGACCUUCCCUGUGUACCUUUACCCCCAGCACCCAUUCCCAAUCUCAAGGUAUUUGAGCGUGAGGGAGUACAACUCAAUAUGUCAUUCAUUCGACCCCCGGAAACCCCUUCAUUGCUCUUAAUCACUGUCACCACCACCAACUCUUCAGGGGGUGAUGUUACCCACUUCAUCUGUCAGGCAGCUGUGCCCAAGAGUUUGCAGCUGCAGCUACAGGCCCCAAGUGGGAACACAGUUCCAGCUCAGGGCGGCCUUCCCAUCACCCAGCUCUUCAAAAUCCUCAAUCCUAACAAGGCCCCUUUGCGGCUAAAGCUACGCCUCACCUACAACCACCUUGGCCAUUCAGUGCAGGAGAUCUUUGAAGUGAACAACUUGCCUGUGGAGACAUGGCAGUAACUAUCUGUUCUCAUCCCUGGAACCCUGGGGCCUCAGCAACUAAGAACCUACCUGUGGGCCACCAGCAGGUGGCACUCUGUCCCUGCAUUUACCACUGCAAAACUGUGGGGGUGGGGGGAAGGUCUGUAUUCCCCCAUAAAUAAUGAAAGCCAAAUAAAGCCACAGGGAAGUAGAAAGCCA